AUUCCCCAAAGUUAUCCGAACGCCCUCCUCUCCUUCGCCCAAAGGAAAAACCAACGGAGCUCCUUGGAGGGCUCUGCGGGGCUCUGGAGGAGUUUGGUGGGGUUGAAGGACGGAUGCUGAGCGUCACCUCCACCGAUGCUCCGCGCGCCGUGAGAGCACGAAGGGAAAGGCUCCUUGGUUACAACAUCUGGUGGCUGCCAAGAAGAUGAAGGAAGAAAACAUGUGCCCCGAGUCUCCCGAAGGCAGCCUGGUUACCAGCGAGGAGGAAGGCGAGAGGCUGCACAAGAAAUGCCUCCGUAAACGAGGCCAAGCUGGUAAAGCUUUGGAGGACGGCAGAGCCACAUCUCCGCAGGGCAAACGCUGCAAGCGCAGCCCGGUGCCGCAGUCCUUCGAGGAUGUGCACACACAGAGGGUGAUUGCCAACGUGAGGGAGAGGCAGAGGACCCAAUCGCUCAACGAUGCCUUCGCGGAGCUGAGGAAGAUCAUCCCCACGUUGCCCUCCGAUAAGCUGAGCAAGAUCCAGACCCUCAAGCUGGCUGCACGGUACAUUGACUUCUUGUACCAGGUGCUGCAGAGCGAUGAGCUGGACCACAAGAUCACCAGCUGCAACUACCUGGCCCACGAGAGGCUCAGCUACGCCUUCUCUGUCUGGAGGAUGGAAGGGGCUUGGUCCAUGUCUGCGUCCCACUGAGCUGGGGGUGAACCUGGACGAGGCCAGAGGACAAAGUUCUCAUCUUUGCCCCAUCCUCAUAUCUUGAAAGAGCGGAGGGAGAGGGAAAGGGGGAGAACUGCCCCACUGAGACAUUGCCAGGCUGGGAAGCAGCCCCAUUGAAACCCCAACAGGGACCCUGGGUGAAUCCACUGCUAAACAGCCCCAAUUUCAGGGCAGCUCUGGAGACGGAGGCGCAAACGGCGGCUGAAGAUGGAGAGCAUUCA